AUGAGAUUGCUUUGUAGUUUAAUUUUAGUGAUUUUACUGGUCGAUUUUGCGGUUGCUAGCUAUGAUUGUUACAGAGGUAAGGAAAACAAUUGAGGUUUUCAAUUUGAAUAUUUUAUAUUGUUCAUGACAUUUUUUACAAAAUGGCUGUAAUUCGAUGCUUCUAACAAGGAAAGUACUUUUAUGGGGGCUCCUACUUUUUGACGGGACAUAUCUCAAAAAAUCAGAAAAAAUGUGGUGAUCAAGGAUAUAUAAAUCUUAGCUGCCAUUUUGGGCUUUUAGGGGUGAAAAUGCCCAAAAACUGGCUCAAUUUCCCUACAAAAGGCGCAUGCAUUCGAAACGAUAAAAAGCGCAGUCGGUCUCUUCCUUCGGAAGAGAGCGGUGUGGCCGAGUGGCUAGUGCCGUAGUCUGGGAACCAAGAGGGAGGAUGGCGCACGGUUCGAUUUCCCUUUUGGGCCGAAUCAACUUUUUUUGAAGUUGAAGGUCGGAAAAAUAAAUUUUUGGGCCAAGACUGAUUUAUUACGUCUUAGAAACUCAAUAAACAUCAUUUUAAGCCAAAAUAAAAAUUGUAAACCCGUGAAAAAUUAGGCGAAAAAGGGUUCAUAUAGGACUUUAAGUCAACUUCCGAUUGAGUUUUCACCCCUAAAAACCUAAAAUGGGCAGCUAAGAUUUAUAUAUCCUUGAUCAGCACAUUUUUUCUGAUUUUUUGAGCUAUGUCCCGUCAAAAAGUAGGAGCCCCCAUAAAAGUACUUUCCUUGUAAAAAAAUUUGUCUUUAGGUGAAGAACAGGACGGCUCGAUGACUCCAGCAUAUUGUGCGAAAACUUCAAAUGGAUGUCUAAAAUUUGUUGGAUUUGAUGGAGUAAGAGUUUCUCGGUAAGUUUUUCAAAAGAUUGAAAAUGUAAAAAAUUGGUUUAAGCAUUAAAAAAUUGCCAAAAAAUGACCCGUUUUUGGCGAUCUUAGCCCUGAAAAUCUCAAGUUUGAUAAGUAAUCCUGCCCGCAAUUUUUUAUGAAAUUUUCAGUGACUGCGCCCGACCCGACGAAUGCGUUGAUCGGACGCAAAAAGUGAUCCCUCGCAACACCGGGACCGUCUAUUGUUGUUGGUCGAAUUGGUGCAAUUCUUCGCCGGUAAUGUCAGCCAGCUUGUUGCUCAUUUUUUCGGCCUACUUUUUAUUGAAUUGA